AUGAGCUUACAGUACACCCCCGUGGAUGACAUCGAUGAGAUCGUCAAGCUUAGCAAAGCUUCAUUUGAAGAAAGACAGGCGGAAAUCUCCAAAUUUAAGAAUCCUCGGAACCACGACCUCAAAUUAAGACUAGAUACCCUUAAAUCUUUGUACUACAGUGUCAAAGACCACGAGGCUGAGAUUAUCGAAGCUUUACUAAAUGAUUUCAAGAGAAGCAAGCAUGAGACAGUGGUUAUGGAGUUGGUUGUGCUGUAUAACAGCAUAUUACAGUACAUCAAGAAACUCCCUCAUUGGAUCAAGCCAGAGAAAAUUAGGGAGUCAUCGGCACUUUUUAUGUUCAGCAAUGUUUCUGUGGACAGAAUAUCUCUGGGAUCCGUGCUGGUGAUUUCUCCUUUCAAUUACCCAGUUCUGCUUGGUUUGGAGCCUGUCGCUGCUGCGAUUGCGGGUGGCAAUUCCGUCGUCUGGAAGCCCAGCGAGCUUGUUCCUAAUACCUCGCGACUGCUUGGAAAUAUUAUCUCAUGCCAUGUUAGCAGUAAAUGGCUCAAAGUAGUACAAGGUGCUGUUACUGAGACUACCCGAUUGAUUCAAAACCCAAAUUUUGAUAAGAUCUUUUACACGGGUUCUACAAAAGUUGGCGCGAUAGUUGCGCAAGAAGCUGCGAAACACCUUACUCCUUACACGCUUGAACUAGGCGGUAAAAGUCCUGUGUUCAUAACUGAGCACUUUUCCGAAUCAAACAUGAGAGCUGCUUUGAAGAGAGUAUUUUUUGGCGCAUUCAGCAAUUCAGGACAAACAUGCGUUGCAUCAGACUACGUUAUCGUCCACGAGUCGCAGAUCAAGAAGAUCAAGGAACUGGCGAAAGGCGUACUGGAUGAAUUCUGGCCGAUUUUGGACAAAGAUACCGACUAUACUUGCAUGGUCCAUGAGAAGGCUUAUGAAAGCGCGAAAAAGAAGCUUGAGUGUACAGAUGGUACAACGGUCCAACCCUCCAAUGUAGCUGCUGAGCUUCCUAAAAACUGCUUGCCUCCAACUGUUGUUUUCGAUGUUGGAUGGGACCAUGCACUAAUGAAGGAGGAGAACUUCGCACCUUUUUUGCCGUUCGUGACGUACGUUGACCUUGAUGAUGCCAUUGCGAAGGUGAAAAAGUAUCACAAUAACCCGCUGGCCAUGUAUAUUUUCUCAAACAACAAACAUGAGACAGAACGUAUUAUGACGCAGGUCAAAUCAGGUGCUUGUAUGAUUGGCGACACGCUGGUUCAUGUUGCAGCACAAAAUGCUCCUUUUGGAGGUAUCCGCCAGUCAGGUUCUGGUAGUUAUCAUGGAAGGUGGAGCUACAGUGCUUUUACUCACGAGAGGACUGUUAUCAGGCAACCUUUCUGGACUGAGCUGAUGAAUGGGGUCAGAAAUCCACCAUAUACUCCCACUAAACCAAAGAUGGCACAGGCCUUCAUAGAAGCUAAGCCGGGCUUCAACAGAGACGGCUCAACCAAAUGGGAUUCUAAGAAGUUGGUCGUCUACACAGUGUCCGGAGCACUUGUUGCGCUUGGAACUUACAGACUUGCUCAGUCUUGA